AUGACUAGUUCCCUCUCAGAUUUAACUUCUACCCUGACGUCCGCUCUGUCAAAUCUCCCGCCUCAAGAUAAGAUCCAAGAUGCCGAGCGCAUGCAGCUCCUAGGGGUCAUCGGCCAACUGCAAGUAGCGCUGGAACCUCCGCAAGUGCCUAUCGGGCGAUUUUGCUUCUCGCACUAUGGCAUCGUCGUUAUCCGAAUUGCCCAGGGCAUGGGGAUCUUCAAUGCGUUCGCUGAAUCUCAAGGCAAAGAUAUGACACUGAAAGAGUUAUCUUCCAAAGUCAAAGGAGACGAGAAGCUUCUGAGACGUAUCAUGCGCUUCCUGUCUUCUCAAAAUAUCUUUAAGCAAACCGCCAGUGAAUCAUACAAGCCUCUCCCCCUAGCAAUGGUAUUCGGGAACGGGUCGCCGCCCGGGGACAUGAUCAAACACUUCCAUAACAACAUGCAAGUUACUGCGAAGCUCUUUGAAUACUUUGAAUCGAAUGGCUACAAAAACCCUGAAGACGCAUACGAUGCUCCCUUCCAGCUCGCCUACAACACCAAGAACCACUACUUUGAAUGGCUGAGUCAAAAUCCCACGAUUCAAGAGACCUUCAACUCGGUGAUGACCCAGAGCCAACAGUAUCGUGGUGCGGACUGGUUCGAAAUUUAUCCCGUACAGGAAAAGUUGCAGGUUUCCCCUGACCGGGUUUUGCUGGUUGAUAUCGGUGGCGGCGUUGGCCACGAUAUCACGGCAUUUAAGAAGCAUUUCCCAGACCUCCCGGGCAAGCUCGUCCUCGAGGAUCUUCCGCAGGUGAUUGAUACCAUCAAGGAACCUCUGCACGAAGGAAUCACGGCUAUCGGUCACAGCAUGUUUGAGCCGCAACCUGUCAGCGGCGCUAAAGCGUACUAUCUGAGAACGGUCCUGCACGAUUUCCCGGAUAAGCAGGCUCUUGAUGCACUUGCACGCAUCCGGGCAGUCAUGACAGAGGACUCUAUUUUGUUCGUUCAUGAGCAUACAAUGUCCGAUGACCUCGAUGUCCCUCCCAUGGCUGCGACACUCGAUAUACAUAUGAUGGAGAUAUUCUCGUCCCUAGAGCGAACCGAGAAGGAAUGGGUAGCUCUUUUGGAAAAGGGUGGAUUCAAGGUGGUCAAGGUCUGGAAUGAGGAUUCUUUUGGACAGUCUACUGCGUUGUUUGAGGCUACUCUGUCCUGA